AUGGUGCUGGAUAAGCGAGAGUACGGGUCUCUCUUGAAGGGUCUGGUCGGGAGGAUGAGAGACGUGGACGAAGACGUGGUGAACGCGGCCGCGGGCGCUCUCGGGAAGAUGUUCAGCGCAGGGCCCGCCACGGACACCACCGCUGACGACGAGGGUCUUCCAGGCAAGAAAGGUUUUGUGGCGGUGGCCGAUGAAGGAUCCCUUCCGGAGGACACCCCAGAGCUAGCUGCAUCAGCCGUGGGGACGGUCUUGACGGCGGGAACCGUCAAUUCGCCGGGCCGGACCAACCGUGCUUGUUCUUCGUUUUUCUCUCCUCCCGCGAGUGAGUCGGAAGAGGAAGGAACCAACCUGGCGCAAUCUUCAGCCGCAACGUCAUCUAGCAGCAGCAGUAGCAGCAGCAACACCACCACCACCACCACCACCACCACAAGCAGCAAAAGCACUAGCAGCAGCAGUGGUAGCGACGAAGACGACGAGGAAGAUGAAGACGACGACGACGACGUUGUUGAGACUGGUGACAACGGUACAGAAGACGGUGAAGGACUGCAACGGCCGACGUUUGAGCCCAUCGUUGACGGUGUCACCGUCGCGUCGUGGGCCGACCGCGACAGAGAAUCACCGGGAGGUACGAGCACCAGCGGAGCGGCGAAGACAAUAGGGUUACAACCAGCUGCACCGCCAGCAUCAACCUCAACAGCACGACGGUCGAACAAGAAAAGCAGCACAACACUCGACAGCAGCGGCAGCAGCAGUAGACUCGUCCCAUCAUCACACGGUAGCCUCAACACAAGCACUAAUACCCGUGAGACAACAGAGAAGUCAAUCCUUAAAAACAGCAUUAGCGUCGACAGCUUGGACGUCGACGACAGUGGUAGCCGGAGCAGCGGAAAAACCGCCCAACUCCACAAUCACCAUGCCCAACACGAACGAAAGCACUCCGGGCUGGUUUCCUCUCCGACGAGGCCAGUCCUUGCCGGCCCGGCGGCCACCGAAGUGUCGGUGACGCUAGGUGGCGAGGAAGAGUUUGGAUGCUGCGCCGCUGCCGCCGAGCCAAAGCUUGGCAAGGCAGGAAUGGAACGAUCGGGAGGGGAAGACGGGACAGGAGCAGUGGCGCUCGGUGCCGGCGGUGGCUGUGACCGUGAGAGGGGAGACCGAAAUGACGGAGAAGCAACGGCGGCAGUUAAGCCCCCGCCUCGGCCGGAUUCUAGCCCAUUGAGCAAGGCAGGGGCGGCGAUUCAGCACCCGCCAGACUCUGGGAGGCCAGAGGCGAAGGAGAAGCAUUCAGCGACAGCAGAACGUGAGGCGUUUGUCUCAGCCACCCUCUCCACACCCACAAAAACGUGUUCGUUGUCCCCUCCACGACCAGGAAAGUCAACCGCAAACCUGUCCCCCAAGUCGGCAAUAGCAGGUCCUUUGGCAACAGCGAGACAAGGCCAUCGUCACUCGUCGGCUGCUAAAACCUACUCCACCACAACCACCGUCAGGGCCAACGACGAAGACAACGCCAUGGGUGCCGUCGAUUCAUCGCCAAUUCUUGUGGAAUUGCUACGCACCCUUGUCGAAGUCGAAGCCGCUGCAGCAGGACGAGGAGCAAAGGCCGGCGGUAGCGGCAGCAGAUCUUCGGUCCACACGUCGCCGGCGAAGUUCGAGGGAGUGGCGGCCGUCGAUUGGACCGCGUCGGGGACGUCAGGGGUGCAGCGGCGAAACAGGGUAAGGGCAAUGGAGACCGCUAUAACAAUGACCUCUAAGGAGACGAUGCUUGCCGCGGGCAGGGAUGGGGGAGCAAUGCAAGAUUCGGAUUCAACGAGAACGCCCACCCUCCCGCCGCCGCCGUUCUCGCCACCGACUGGAAUGGUGGAAGAUAUCCUCGUGGUGAUGUUGCGCCUGACCGACGACCCGGACUUUAAAAUUGCCCUGCUAGCCCUUCAGACCAUGCAUGGUUUCGUGCUUGUCGUUCGGGAGCACAUAAAACCGCAUCUGGAUCUCAUCAUCCCGCCUUUGAUCGUGAAACUCGGGCAUCACAAGGUCGCUACGAGGCACCACGCGAUGUUGGUCCUCUCCGCCGUCGUGCGCGUCUCGGGGCUUGCCUCUGACACUCCGCGCCUGCUGCUGGCGCGGGAGGGCCUCCUCUCUGCCGGCUGGCGCGCUAGCGAGGGCGUGGCGAAGCUAGUGAUCGCUGGUCUGCUAUGUUGGAAGCCUUCGUCUCCGUCAUCGGUGGGUUCCGACGCUUUGGGGGUGUCAGCAGGUCGUGGCGUGAAUGGAGAGAGGCUGGGCCAUGGGAGGGGGACGUUCAUGGGCGGAAACGGCGGCGAAGGCUUGACAGAAGACAAACAUCAGAGUGGGGGAAGGAGACCGGGCAGAGGGGAGGGCGGGAGCGCCGGUAGUGGCAACAGCAAGGACAGCAAGAGGAGGCAUUUGCAUUCCCCGAGUAGAUCGCCGGCGAUGCCUCCAUCGGGGGCACACGGCUAUGGCCGCCGGGAGAACGGUGGUGCGGCCAUGAUGUCGACUCUCGAUAAGGAGCAGCUCGUGCGUGAUGUGGGGUCAUUGCUGGCGGACGAAAGGCCAGAGGUUCGACGUGCUGCUGUGGAGGCGCUCGCUGUGGCCGCCAACAUGUGGGGUACAAACGACAUAGACGUGUUUCGAGUGUUAGAGAGAGCGGAUCUUCUCAGGUCAACUGAAUCGCGGCGCCUUGUGGCGGCCCGGCUACACGACCCGACGUCCUCGCUUCCGAGUAUCGGUCCAGACGGAAUCGUCAACUUCGGUGCUGGCCUCACGACGCGCUUGUCACCUGCCCACGCUAGACGGGGGCGGCCGGUGGUGGCGGCGGCGGAACUAUCGACGAGCUUGGAGCAGGAGGCUUCGGAGAGCAGGUGCGGUAAUGAUGGUAGGGACGUCAAUGGCUACGACCACCACAGCGGCGGAAUAAGGGGAGGGACGUUCGCGCUCCGCUGCUGGAGGAGCAACGAGGCCGGCGAACGGGAAGAGGUUGCUCCGUGGAGACCCCUCCAAGGUGUGAGUGGCAGCGACAGGAGAGGACGGGGAAAGGAGGUGAGGAAUGUCGGAAGCGGUGGCCAGGGUCAGAAUCAAGGGAUGGAGGACAACGGCGGCGAAGCCCGUGGCGGCAACCGUGUAGGCCGAGAGGGUAAAGGCAGACGCCGUGGGUACGAGGCGCAAGGCUACCAGCGGACAAGAACCGCAAGCGAGGAGGAGAGGGGAGGGACGGGAUCGGACCCGGACUUGUCACCCAACAACCGAGGGGGUAGGGGUGGCGCUAGCGGUCCGCGUCGCCGUGUGUCUUCGCCGGUGCUAGGCACGAACAGCGGAAGGACCGACGGCGAAAAAUGGCAAGGGGGUGGUGGUGACCACACCUACAUCCCGUCAUGGGCGGAUAGAACUGGCGACGAGCCGCAAGUCCCCGGCGAGAACCGCUCCUACCACGCGGAAAACAUGCCGGAUAGGAUCGGGCGCGGGCAGCCUUCCAGAUGGAAACCGUCACCGUCCGGACUUCACACCGAGGACGAUCGAGAAGCCGAAAGAACCCGGGGCCGAGUCGACGGCGCCGGUGGCGGCAGGCAUGCCCAACACGGGACCCGCGAGCGCCGGCGGGAGCGGCGGGGGAGGGGACCCGAAGGUGGGAGCUCCGGCCCAGGAGCCAAACCGGAGUGGCAGCAUCAGAACCACAACAGAGGCCACAGGAGACGGGGAAGUCCGCGGGAGGGGACGGACGGCAGCGACCAGGAGUUGUGGAAGGGCGGCCAGUGGGACAACAGCCGCGGGAUGGGCCACACCAUUGACGUCGGAAGGAGAACCGGAGGAGACGACGGAGAGGGAGGGGCGUGGCGGGGGGGCGAGAGGGAUCAAUACUCAGGUCGUCGCCCGGUGGUGGUGGACCCCGAUCUAUUGUCUACUCUGAAGCGCGGAGGGUCGAGAAACGCAAAGGCGAACCGGCGAGCGGUCAGCGCCGCAGCUGGUGGAGGCGGAGGCGGGGAAGCUCUUGAGAGCGGCGCCGGGCGUCGGGCAAGCGGGGGUGGCCCAGCCUCUCUCUCGCACGACGGAGGCGGAGGUCAAUCGAGGUCCAGGUCGAAGGGCGGGGCACCUGCCGAGCCUACCACGCCCGUGCCUGUCGGGAGGGGCAUGCAGCUUUUGGACAAUUUGUUUAAGCCAAGCCUUGUCGUCCGGAAGAGACAAGCUGCACUCCAGUACAACCCAAUAAACGCAUCGCCACCAGGCAUCGACGUCGACAUCAAGGACGGUGGUAGCGGCAGCAGCAGGCAUGGGGAGUUGGCGAAGUCACCGCUCAGGGACCCCGAGCCCGAAGGAGAGCGACGGCGAGGCUUCCACAACCAGAACGAGAGCAAGAUCCGUGCCAGCGUCGACUGCGACGCUACCGGCCGCAACGACGGACACCAGGCGACCGAGGACAGACGGGCGGGGGAAGGCAGUAUUACCGGCGGGGAUGGCCGUGGCCGUGGAAAGCGAGGAGUGCAGCGCCGGGUUAGACUGUCGUCGCCGCCGACACCGCCGUCGGGAGGGGGACGGGCUACGGUUGUCCCGCCGUCGCCAAGCGCUGCACUAAUCAAGCCAGACUCAUUCGACUACCUCACGGCCGAGGAUAUCCGACCGUCUCCCAAUCCUAGCCAGGAGAUGCAGAGGGCGAUGGCAUCGCUCCCUCGAGACGGCUGGCCCGAGAUCUUCCACACCCUCAACUCCGUCCGGCGACUGGCGACCCACCACUCGCCCCUCCUCGGCUCGCAGUCUCACUUGCACGCCCUGGUCAGGGACGUGCUCGGGCAGUCUGAGAACCUGCGAUCUCAGGUGGCGAAGAACGCGCUUCUAACCCUGGCCGACCUUUGGCGAGGCCUGGGGGACACUCUGGACCCGGAGCUCCCCAUGGUGUGCCCGAUUCUCGUGAAGAAGAUGGCCGACAAGGUCGAGUUUCUCGCCGAGGCGGCGCGCGAGUGUGUCGACGAGGUCGUUGCUACCGCCACGGAAUCCCGAGCGCUGUCUGCCUUCCUCACCUGCGGGAGCCACCGUAGCCCGGCCGUCCGCGCCAAGUCCGCCUUGGCAGUCCUUCUAUGCGUGAGGCGGAGGUACUGCCACCCCACCAGCGAAACGGCGCCAUUGCAGUUGUCUGGAGCGGCUUCAUCGCGCAGGAGUGGCGUUAGGAUCGACAAGCGCAAUGGCGGCGGUGGUGGGGCGGGUCACGCUGGGAGCAUGGGGGCGAGGGAGAUGGACCGGCUCCUGUCUGCGCUGCCGAGGUUUCUCCAGGGCGAGGUGGACGAGGCUCGGCUCCGAAGAGAAAUUCCUCCCCCGAUACUGGAACGCCUUCAGCGGGAGCUGCUGAACUUCUCCCUGCCGUCGGGCCCGGGCUUCACCGCUCCGAACUCUGAUGCCGCUUCCGCCACCCCCUAUUCCGCGGGGUCAUCGUUCUCCUCCUCUUCCUACCUGAGUCGAAGCGGUCGCAACGACGUGGGCGCCAGAAUCAGCCGCAGACUCGGCGCCACCGGACCCGUGCCGUCAUCGAGUGGCCCCGGGGUCUCUUCGCCUGGAAGCAGCUUUUCACCGACGGCAGGGCACCGUGGUGGAAGCGGUGGCGUCGGCGAUGGCAACAGAGACAUUAGAAGAAGGCGUACAGAGGGCGCCGGGAUCGGCGGCGGUGGCGGAGGUAGGGGUGAGGAGAGGUGGAUCGCCGCCGCGCCCGGCGAAAGCUGGCGGCGAGAGCAGGAAGGUGCACGAGGCGAGCUUGGUGACAGCGAUGAUGACGAUGGGUGCGGCAGUGACUUCGCGGGGGGCCUGGGAAUGGGGUCAUUGUCCACUCCCCCGCAUCGCGCGUCACCUUCGGUACCUCGGUCGAGAAACUGGGCUGGGAGGGUGAGAACUGUGGAGAUGUGUAUCCUUGAUUGUAAGCUGAAACCAAGCUUUGGUUCGGGCGAGCACUUGUAA